AGGACAGAGUCAGAGUCAGACUCUGGCUUACCUUUUAGUCACUGAGUCAGCCGGGUUUGUUGUCCCCUCCCAGAAAUGUGCUGUUGUUGCUCAGUUCGACGCCGGCGCCCAAACUGUCACUCGUGCCGAGAAAAUAACCUCCAGGAGCUGCGGAAGGAGUUGCAGGAGAUCCAGAGAAUCCUCAGAGAUGUUGCGAUUGGCAACAAACUUGGCCUGCCGGCUGAGCAGUACGCUCGUGCGAGCGAACCAGCAAUGCCUUCAGCGCCAGGAAGUGAUUCCCAGAGCCUUCUCCUCGCUGCCAGGCUUAAGUCUAAGCUGUAAUCCUGGCAUUCUGGCCAUCGGCCAGGCCAUCACCGCGCCUCAGACGCGGAGCUUAACAAAAUUCUCGAUGCAGAGCGGCAAGAGGAAGUCCGUGAAGGCGGUGCUCAAGAGAUUCUACCGUCUGGACUGGGGCGAAUGGAUCCGCACGCGGACGGGCAGACACAAGCAUCUGUGGCGGAAGAGCGCCAAGGCGAAGCGGCGCUUGCGGCAGCACGUCUUCGUCAACUCCACCCAGGCUUAUUUGCUGGACAAGAUGGUGACCAAGUUCUGGAGGAUGCCCAAGUUCUACGUCAACGAUCCUUAUCGACCCUACCACUCGCGCGAGGAGUUCUACCAGACGAAGAAGAGGACCGACCAGUGCUAAUCACCGAUUUAUUAUUUCUCCCGAGGGAUUUUGUAGAAAAAUAGAAGUAACUAAUCGUCCUUGAUAACAGUGUUGGUCAGUUUGCCGAG